UGCAAUGGAGAGCACAAACGCAGGUAGCGGCAGCGCAGAGCAGACGACGCCAUUGGUGCACGGUGGGGAUGAAGGACUGGGAGCGGGGAUGAGGGUGAUGGUGGCCAUCGACGAAAGCGACUGGAGCUUCGAAGCGCUCAAAUGGGCACUUGACCAUCUCUUUCUCAACGCACCAAGCACGGUGGAAGGCGAUGAGGGGGUGGCAGGGACGGUGACGUUAGUCCACGUCACGCAGCCGUUUCAGCCCUAUGUGUACCCUGUCGGGCCUGGUGGAGCAGUCUAUUAUCCACCCACGUCGGUGAUGGAGUCGGUUAAGAAAGCUCAGGAGGAGACCUCUGCUUCCAUUCUCUCCCGCGCUUUGCAGAUUUGUAAGGACAAGAUGGUCAAAGCAGAAGCGGUGCAUCUCAGUGGAGAUCCAAAGGAGGUCAUUUGUGAAGCCACAGAGAAGAUGCAUGUCGAUCUUCUUGUUGUAGGUAGUCGUGGUCUGGGCAUGUUCAAGAGAGCAUUCUUAGGAAGUGUGAGCAACUACUGUGCACAUCAUGCAGCAUGUCCGGUCAUGAUCGUAAGGCCACCAAUGGGCUCUGGACCAAGGGUGUCUGCAUCAUCUCCAAAGUAA